AUGAGCCGCCAAUUCACCUGCAAGUCGGGAGCUGCCACCAAGGGGGGCUUCAGUGGCUGCUCAGCAGUGUUCUCAGGGGGCAGCUCAUCCUCCUACCGGGCAGGGGGCAAAGGGUUCAGCGGUGGCUUCGGAAGCCGGAGCCUCUACAGCCUGGGGGGAACCCGGAAUAUCUCCCUCAACGUGGCCAGCGGCAGCGGGAAGAAUGGAGGCUAUGGGUUUGGUCGGGGCCGGGCCAGUGGCUUUGCUGGCAGCAUGUUUGGCAGUGUGGCCCUGGGGCCCGUGUGUCCGUCUGUGUGUCCACCUGGAGGCAUCCAUCAGGUCACUGUCAAUGAGAGCCUCCUGGCCCCCCUCAACGUGGAGCUGGACCCGGAGAUCCAGAAAGUGAGAGCCCAGGAGCGGGAGCAGAUCAAGGCGCUGAACAACAAGUUCGCCUCCUUCAUCGACAAGGUGCGGUUCCUAGAGCAGCAGAACCAGGUGCUGGAGACCAAGUGGGAGCUGCUGCAGCAGCUGGACCUGAACAACUGCAAGAACAACCUGGAGCCCAUCCUCGAGGGCUACAUUACCAACCUGCGGAAGCAGCUGGAGACGCUGUCCGGGGACAGGGUGCGGCUGGACUCGGAGCUGAGGAGCGUGCGGGACGUGGUGGAAGACUACAAGAAGAGGUAUGAGGAAGAAAUCAACAGACGCACAGCUGCAGAGAACGAGUUUGUGCUGCUCAAGAAGGAUGUGGAUGCGGCUUAUGCCAAUAAGGUGGAGCUGCAGGCCAAAGUGGACUCCAUGGACCAGGAGAUCAAGUUCUUCAAGUGUCUCUAUGAAGCUGAGAUCGCUCAGAUCCAGUCCCACAUCAGCGAUAUGUCUGUCAUCCUGUCCAUGGACAACAACCGGGACCUGAACUUGGACAGCAUCAUUGAUGAGGUCCGUGCCCAGUAUGAGGAGAUCGCCCUGAAAAGCAAGGCAGAGGCCGAGGCGCUGUACCAGACCAAGUUCCAGGAGCUGCAGCUGGCAGCGGGCCGGCAUGGGGAUGACCUCAAAAACACCAAGAACGAGAUCUCGGAGCUCACCCGGCUCAUCCAGAGAAUUCGCUCAGAGAUUGAGAAUGUGAAGAAGCAGGCUUCCAACCUGGAGACGGCCAUCGCCGAUGCUGAGCAGCGGGGUGACAACGCCCUGAAGGACGCCCGGGCCAAGCUGGACGAGCUGGAGGCAGCCCUGCACCAGGCCAAGGAGGAGCUGGCCCGGAUGCUGCGCGAGUACCAGGAGCUCAUGAGUCUGAAGCUGGCCCUGGACAUGGAGAUCGCCACCUACCGCAAGCUGCUGGAGAGCGAGGAGUGCAGGAUGUCAGGAGAAUUUCCCUCCCCGGUCAGCAUCUCCAUCAUCAGCAGCAGCAGCGGCAGCGGCGGCUACGGCUUCCGGCCCAGCUCCGUGAGCGGCGGCUACGUGGCCAGCAGCAGCAGCUGCGUCUCUGGCGUGUGCAGCGUCCGCGGCGGGGACGGCCGGGGCAGGGGCAGCAGCAGCGACUACAAGGAUACCCUGGCGAAGGGCUCCAGCCAGAGCGCCCCCGCCAAGAAAGCCAGCAGGUAGAGAGGGCUGCCCACCCCCCUGCCCUCCCGCCACCCCUGCGUCCCUAGCUGUCUCCUGCACGCUCUCUCCCCCAGCCCGCGGUCAGCCCCCUCUCGGUGCCGGACACCCCACUUCUCCCAGCCCGUGUCUUCCCGAGCCUGGACAGGUGUGGAUGGCUAAACUUGGUGAAAUUCCUCCUGGCACUGCCUGGCAUUCACCUCCUUGGCUGAGGUCCCCCAGCGGGGCCAUGCGCUCAGCUCCAGGCUCCCGGCCUUCUGCCCCCGACACAGCCUCCAGCCCAGUCACUAACUACUCUGUCCGGCUCCCUGGGUCUCAGACGGAGGCCCACCCCUCACCCUGGGGCCUCUGUCCCAGCAACUGCCUAUGCUGGGAGGGCCGAAGGACAAGGACCCAGAGAGGCCAGUCCCCACCCCACCCUGGCCCCAUCUCAGGGCUCAGGUCUCUCUUCACUCUCCUGUACCCAGAAGCAGAGAAGAGGAGGCCCCUCUACAUCUCCUUUCCUCUUAGAGGCCCUCCCAUUGCAUCCUCAAUAAACAGCACGAUCU